AUGGGCAACAGCUGCCUGCUUAGGUACGUGACAAACAAGCCGCCGCCGUCGUCACCGACCUACUUCGCCACGGCCUCGACGCUCGCCAGGUUGGCGCUGAACAGGCCAGAGAGCGACCCGGUGAGGGACUUUGGGCGAUCCCAGGAGGCGGCGGUGGCGCUGCUUAUGGCGACGGUACUGCCUGGGGCUCAAUUAUAUAACUUCUCCUUCGUGCACACGCUUAUGACCAGCCACGCCUUCAGGGUCCUACUGCCUUUUAUCCAUGCCCAAUUCUACGUCGGCGUGUUCCACCAAUGGUGGUUGCUUGUGCUGGCCGUGUACAUCGCCGAGCUGCGGCCGCGGGUCGACUCGGACUUCGUCUCCGGGGACCUCGGCGGGAAGGGCUGGGCGUACGUCAAGGGAUAG